AUGAAGUUAGAGGAACGCCCUUUUGAUAAGGUGUUGCUAGAUUAUUAUAUGGAUUUGACAGAAGGAAAGUUCACAAUACCUAUAAUACACGCAAUAAGAACCGGUAAAGGAGAGGCUGUUUCGAGUAUACUUAAACAGAGAACAACAAAUUUAGACUUAAAACGUUACUGCGUGUCUCUUUUGGAGGGUCUCGGCAGUUUGGAGUACACAAGAAAGAUUAUUCGAGACUUGGAAGCCCAUUUGCGAAGCGAAAUCCGUCGCCUCGGUGGUAACCCACUUAUGGAUGCAGUACUGGACCAAUAUCGCGUUUAA